UAUACAGCAGGUAAAACCAGGAGAUCCUGGAACAGUCAUCCGGCUGACCGAGCAGGCAGGCACAGUCUCUUCCAGUAACCUUGCAAAGAUGAUCAAAACGUCCGUGUCACUCCUCUUGGUGCUUGUCGCUGCGUCCUUUACCCUUGCCAAAUAUACCCCGAAGACAGGCAAGAGGGUCCCUCAAACUCUGUCCAGAGGAUGGGGCGAUCAGUUGAUCUGGGCUCAGACGUACGAGGAAGGACUGUACUGGGCCAGGUCAAAGAACAAACCCUUGAUGGUCCUCUUUCACCUGGACGACUGUCCACACAGCCAGGCACUGAAGAAAGUGUUUGCAGAGGACAAUGAGCUCCAAAAAAUCCUUGAUGAGGAUUUGGUUGUACUCAACCUGGUGUAUGAAACCACAGACAAACAUCUCUCCCCUGACGGACAGUAUGUUCCCCGAAUCAUUUUUGUUGACCCCUCCAUGACGGUGAGGGCCGACGUGACCGGUCGCUACGCCAACCGCAUGUAUGCCUACGAACCAAAUGACGUCAAACUAUUGAUAAGCAACAUGAAGAAGGCCAGGAAACUCCUCAAGUCGGAGCUUUGAAGCCCAGGGCCAAAGAUGCCCUCAACAGUUCCUUCUUCUUCACUGAAAUGCUCCCCAUUGUCUUUCAAAUAAAAUUGA